AUGAGCUCAGUCUGUUCAUAUUUAGUCAUAAUUCAUAGUAAUUUAAACUUAAAAAGGCUUUGUAUUAUAGAAUAUAACAUAUCAAUUUAAUAUUCAAAAUAUAAUUAAAUUUAAAAUGCCUUUAUAUGUGAAUAAUAAACUCAUUUUUCCAUCUUAAUACCCCAUAGCCGGAUAGAGUUAUCUCUACUCCCAGAUGCCAAAGUUGUACCAUCAGGGAAAAGCAUAGUGAGUAGACAAAAUGAGUAUGACCAUCCAAUUUGGUUAUUUAUUACCCUGUCUUAACAUCCCAUAAACGUAUUGAAUUAUCUACACUACAAGAUGCUAAUGUAGUACUUUCAGGAGAGAAGCAUACUGUUAAGAGUUCAUCACCAUGACUCCAAUUUAAUCAAUUCUUGGAUUUUCAAAUACUUCAAUUUUGACUCACUUUCUUUUUAAUUAGAUUGA